GAUUCAACAUCGCACAUUCGUGAACACACCGCCAGUUCGUUGCCAUCUGAACAUCAGGCAUGGCUGAAGAAAGAGGCAACGAAUACACGCCUCCUGUGUUCAGCUUCACGGAAGAAGAAACCCAAAGCGCAAACCGUGAAAACACUUGGGCUGCUUCGUCUUCUUUGGGCGCCUACCCAGCCAUUUCUGACGACGCCUGGCGUUACCAAUGGAACGCUCAGCCCACGCCAAUAACCGACGGGACUUACAGCGUCGAUGGUGUCAGUGAAUAUGGUAGCACUAGUUACGUGCACCAGCCGUUCAGCACCAGCAUUGAUUACGCCACGCCCAGCACGAGCCGCACAGGCAUGGAGCAAGCAUCAGCCAUGGUAGAAGGCGGCGCCAGAAUUUCUCAGACAACCCGUGUUGACCAAUGGAACACGCAGUACCUCACGGCUGGUGUCAGAUCUACCGACUGCGGUCAUACACGUGUCACUGAAAGCGGAAUCACCAGUUCCCCACCUAUGGUGUCCAGCAGCUGCAUCAAUCACGCACAGCCCAGUACAAGCCGCGCUAGCAUGGAAGCAUCGGCCAUUCUGGAAAACCUUGCUAGGUGCGCCCACGUUUGGAAAAAUGUCCUUGCAUAAAGCAAAUCACAGACGGUGCGUAAUGCUACCCGUGGUGCAACUAUGCCUCCAC